AAAAUUCCAAGGCAAGUGCUGUCCUCUUUAUAAUCUUGAAUAAUCUGGGCAAAAUCCAAAGAUGGGUGUUGGGCAGAAAGUCAUGUGGAGUGGAGUUGUAAUCAUUGCUGUUCUUCUGUUAGUGCAGGGCCAUGGUGGGAGAGCUGCCCAGAAUAAUGUCAGCCAUCUUUUGAGUUGGGGAGGCAAAGAGAUAGUCUCUUCUGGUGGCUGCAACCUCUUCCGUGGCAGAUGGGUGGUUGAUUCCUCGUAUCCUCUCUAUCAACCUUCCAACUGCCCUUUCAUUGACCCAGAAUUCGACUGCAUCAAAUAUGGCCGCCCGGAUAAACAGUACCUCAAGUAUGCUUGGAAGCCUGACUCCUGUGACUUGCCCAGGUUUGAUGGUGGGGAGCUGUUGAAGAGAUGGAGGGGGAAGAAGGUUAUGUUUGUGGGUGACUCACUGAGUCUGAACAUGUGGAACUCGCUGGCUUGCAUGAUUCAUGCGUCGGUGCCAACCUCCAAGAUAACCUAUUCAAGACAGGAAACGCUCUCAUAUGUUACCUUUAAGGAGUAUGGAGUAACUUUAUAUCUUUAUCACACCACAUACUUGGUAGAUAUAGUAAAGGAAAAGAUGGGAAGGGUACUGAAAUUGGAUUCCAUACAACAAGGUAAAGCAUGGUUAGGAAUGGAUGUGUUGAUCUUCAACUCUUGGCAUUGGUGGACCCACAAAGGAAGAUCUCAACCAUGGGACUAUGUACAAGAUGGUCCUAAGGUAAGCAAGGAUAUAGACCGGCUACUAGCGUACUACAAAGGCUUAACAACUUGGGCAAGAUGGGUGGACCACAACGUUGACCCUUCAAAGACUAAAGUCUUCUUCCAAGGAAUAUCCCCCACUCAUUACAUGGGAAAUGAAUGGAAAUCAUCGUUUCGCAAGAACUGCAACGGCGAGCAACUACCGCUGGAAGGUGCCAAGUAUCCGGCAGGGCCACCGGAAGCGGCGGUGGUGGUGAACAAAGUCCUAAGUAGGAUUGCGAAACCGGUUACUCUGUUGGAUAUAACGUUUCUGUCUCAGCUGAGAAAAGACGCCCACCCAUCUAUGUACGGCGGCGGCCGCGACAGCUCUGACGUGGAUUGCAGCCACUGGUGCCUUCCUGGCCUCCCAGAUACCUGGAACCACCUGCUUUAUGCUUCUGUCACUAUGUCACCGCCGCCGGCUCCAAGCGGCGCAAAUACCGGGCUUCGCCACAUCCCUGUUGGCCGUCAUCGUGGUCUAAGUAGUUGGAAUCUACUUCUGUGUGCAGCAUUCAUGUCGUAAGAACCAACUGUAUCUUCAAAUAAUUGUUUUAAUUUUCUUGUCUCAUCUGUUUGUACAAUCAGUGAAUUAGGUAUACACAAUUGUUUUUGUUAAGUUUAAUAAUCAAUCUCAUAUGUAUAUAUGAGAGACAACAAUGUCUUGAAACUGUUCAGAAUUGUUUUAUAUAGUAAGAAAGUAGCUAGGGAGUAGUUGAGUUUACAUAGUCUGGAAUGAGUGAAUGUAAUGUGUUUUUGUUUGGGACCA